CUGUCUUCUAUCAGACCUCGUCAGUAGCGUCGGAUAUUCGCCUUAUUAUCUCCGUCAAAUCGUAAAGCCCUGCGACAGCCACUUCUCCUCCGCUCGAUGGCCUCCCUCCUCAGCUCCGCCUCCGGCCGAUAACCUGCUACUCCAUUCCUCUCCGAGAAUAAAAGCGCAUAUCCGUCUUCAACUCGGACCGCUGCCAUGCGCCUCAUAGUCCCUCUCCAGGCGGUAGCCCAGGGGAGGGGUGGCCUCGUUCUUGGUUCCCUCAUCCCCUGCGCCCUCUUCUAUUUCCUCCAGUUCUACCUUCGCCGCCACCGUCCCUCCUCAUCCUCCUCGCCUCCUCCUUCCUCCUCAGAAUCCAACCUUUCUGAGCUCACCUCCAUGCAUCGCUCGUUCUCGAGGAACCUCCUCUCCACCCGUGGAUCCGCCGGACCCUCCUGCAUCUCCUCUCGCGGCGCUGCCCUCGCCAGGGGCGACGAUAAUCCCUAUUAUGUCGGAUUGAAGAGGUGCGCCGAGGAUCCGUAUGAUGCCUCAUCCAAUCCUGAUGGCUUCCUGCAGCUCGGCCUGGCUGAGAACCGGUUGUCGCUAGAUUUGAUCCGUGAUUGGUUGGUGAGUAAUUGGAAGGACUCAUUGUUGUCGGAGGAGCAAGAAUUGAGUGUCAGGGGAUUGGCGACGUAUCAGCCGCAUGAUGGAUUGAUGGAAUUGAAGAUGGCUGUUUCCGAAUUUAUGGGUCAUAUCAUGCAAGGGUCAAUUUCCUUCAAUCCAUCACAAUUGGUUUUAACUGCUGGCGCCACUCCUGCAGUUGAGAUAUUAAGCUUCUGUCUUGCUGAUGCUGGAAAUGCAUUUCUUGUUCCAUCUCCUUAUUACCCAGGGUGGGAUAGAGAUAUUAAGUGGCGUACUGGGAUAGAGCUUAUUCCUGUUCCAUGCAGAAGCACUAAUAAUUUUAAUAUAAGUAUUCCUGCUCUUGAACGAGCAUACAACCAAUCAAAAAAACGAGGAGUGAAAGUCCGUGCAGUUAUUGUUUCUAAUCCCAACAAUCCAGUUGGUAAUCUAAUAGACCAGGAAACACUGAUUGGUCUUCUAGACUUUGUCACAGAGAAAAACAUACAUCUCAUUUCUGAUGAAAUAUUUGCUGGUUCGACAUAUGGAAAUGACCAGUUUGUAAGUGUGGCCGAGAUUCUUGAUGUAGAAAACUUUGACAAGAGCAGGGUUCAUAUAAUCUAUGGACUGUCAAAAGACCUUUCCAUUCCAGGAUUUAGAAUUGGAGUUAUCUAUUCUCACAAUGAAAAUGUGCUGGCUGCUGCUUCUAAGCUAGCACGGUUCUCAUCCAUUUCUGCUCCUACGCAACGGUUGCUUGUUUCAAUGCUUUCAGAUGCAAGGUUCAUUUCUGAAUAUCUUGCCAUAAACAGAGAACGGUUACAGAACACGCAAGCUUUAUUUGUGGAUGGGCUGAAAGAGUUGGGUAUCAAGUGCGCUAAUAGCAGUGGAGGGUUGUAUUGUUGGGCAGACAUGAGCAAACUUAUUGGGUCUUAUAGCGAGAAAGGCGAGCUUCAACUGUGGGACAGACUGCUAAAUGUUGCUAAGGUUAAUGCAACCCCUGGUUCAACAUGCCACUGCAUUGAACCUGGAUGGUUUAGGUGUUGUUUCUCUACAUUGGAAAAGUCGGAUAUUCCUUUAGUGAUGGAAAGGAUUCGAACAGUCAUCCAAAGCAAUUAAAUGACCUGUUAUUCUUUUUUUUUUUCUUAAGAAUAUUCGACUCUAGCCUUGCAUUUUCUGCUUCAUAACUAACAAGAGGAUUUCACUUCACUUUUUUAGUAGACUGGAAUUUUUUUUAAAAGAAGGUGCCUGCUAGAAAUCAGCAAUGAAUAUCAACACCAGCUUGGAAUCACAAGAAUGAACUCAGAUAUGAACGGAAGAACAAGUGGAAUGUCUACUAGAGUACAGAAUUCUUUGUUAAAUGAUGCUAGGGGAAAUUCACUGUUUUAGUACUAAGGAUGACAGUUAAUUCGUUAUAUAGGAUAUGGGGUGUGUUGAUCAGAGAAUAUUAAAUACAUGCGUUUUUAGUCCUU